AUGAUCCAGACCCCCGGCCCCAGCCAGGCGUGGCUACGUCAGAGGCCUUUGGCCCCACCCUCACACAGACAAGAGUUCCGCUCACUGAUGGGUAAACGGAGGCACAGCGGUCACACCCGGGACCCCCCGGGGAAAGCCAGCAGCGCCGUCUUUCCUCCAGCAACACAUUCCCGAGAGCAGGUGGCCCCGAUCCUUCAGGCCGCGCCCCCACGGCUGCCACAGGGCGGGGCCCGCGCCUCACAUCCCAAAGCCGCUCUCGUGGCCGCCUACAAGCUAGUGUUGAUCCGGCAUGGCAAGAGCACCUGGAACCUGGAGAACCAUUUCAGCGGCUGGUACGAUGCCGACCUGAGCCCAGCAGGGCAUGAGGAGGCAAAGCGUGGUGGUCAGGCGCUGCAAGAUGCUGGUAGAUUUGACAUCUGCUUCACCUCAGUGCAGAAGAGAGCAAUUUGGACCCUAUGGGCUGUGCUGGAAGCCAUUGACCAGAUGUGGCUGCCAGUAGUGAGGACUUGGCGCCUCAAUGAGCGGCACUAUAGGGGUCUGACUGGCCUCAAUAAAGCAGAAACUGCUGCCAAGCAUGGCGAAGCCCAGGUUAAGAUCUGGAGGCGCUCCUAUGACGUUCCGCCACUGCCAAUGGAGCCUGACCAUCCCUUCUACAGUAACAUCAGUAAGGAUUGCAGGUAUGCAGACCUCACUGAAGAUCAGCUACCUUCCUGUGAGAGUCUGAAGGACACUAUUGCCAGAGCCCUGCCUUUUUGGAAUGAAGAAAUAGUUCCCCAUAUCAAGGAGGGGAAGUGGGUAUUGAUUGCAGCUCAUGGCAAGAGUCUUCAGGGCAUUGUCAGGCAUCUGGAGGGUCUCUCUGAAGAGGCUAUCAUGGAGCUGAACCUGCCCACUGGUAUUCCAAUUGUCUACGAGUUGGACAAGAACUUGAAGUCCAUCAAGCCCAUGCAGUUCCUAGGAAAUGAAGAGACUGUGCAUAAGGCCAUGGAAGCUGUGGCUGCCCAGGGCAAGGCCAAGAAGUGA